AUGACAAGAAAACUGAUAUGGAGUGAUUUGAUUGACAGGAGUGAGACCAACAGUACCAUCGAGUUUAGGAACGUGGACCUACAGAAGACCUGUAUCAACCUUCUACUGACUACCCUGUGUCUACCGCUGCACUUCAAGGAUCUCACAAUCAGGGACAUUGUAUCCAGCACAGACACAGAGGUACAACUCAUCACGUUCAUUUCUCUGAAGAAGAAGAUCAUUGACCUAAUUAUUGGAGCCCUUCGCAUCAGCUCAGAUUCCACCAACACACAGAUGUUAUUGGGCGGUUUGAUGCUACUGGUGGAGGAUAUGGCGGUGUGUGAAGCCGCGGAACAAACCACGUUCCAGCCCCAUGACAUCAGCCAGGAGUCGGAGAACCAAGUUUUCUCAGACAACAGUCAGAGCAGCCUGAAGACUUCGUCCUCGGAGUCAAGCUUCAAAGAGGGAUCAUACCACAGACUGGGACACCAGGCCAGUGACACAGAUUCUGCCCACGGCUUGUUUGGGGAGGCGGUCACACUGAUAUGUCACCGCCUACUGUCCCAGUGGAAGACGGAUCUGAACAGUGCGCUGGCUGCCAUGGAAAUCUUGGCUGGUCUGGCUAAACUGGUGAUCAGCCCUCCAAACCUGCUGAUGUGUAAGUGCAAGGUGAAGUGGAUCUGUGAGUUCAUUGUGCAGCAGUGUAAUCGUCCAGCCCCCGCCCACUCCAAGGACCUCCACAGUACCAUCGUGGCGGCGUUCCGAUGUCUUAGCCUGUGGCUGGUGGAGCACAGUCGUCUUCUCUACGACAAGGAGUGUCUUCAUCUGGUCCUAGAAGUCGUGGAGCUUGGGAUCUCUGGCUGCAAGUCACAGAAACCCGAGAUUCAGAGCGUGCUAUUAAAAGACACAAAAAUCGCCCCAUCAGUUCAGAACCGUGCCAGUGAUCCGCCAAAGUAUAAACAGGACAAGCAGCGACAACCGGCCUCCAAACGUGUACAGGAAGCCGCGGAAGGACUCCUCACCUGUAUCAUACAGCACGUGGGUGCUUUCCCCCCGCCCUGUGGCCCCGAGUCCCUGUUUUCUCUGCUGGACGAAAAAUCCCUGUUGAAGUACACCAAGGGGAACAGCUGUUUGCCGGAACAUGGCUCCCCCUUCAGAUACUAUGUCCUGAAAAACGCCAUCGUCGUGGGAUUGUUGGAACAGCCUCUUGGAAAUAAAGAAGACCUGUUGCCCACGGUGACGGCUCUGAUUAGGGGACCGUUUGGUCGACAUGCUUGGGUGAUGCAGCUAAGACACUCCCCACGGAUCAAACGGGGUUCGUCCAAAUCCCACCUAAGUGAUCCUGGCCGACCUAUACCGGUGGAGAACGUGGGAACUCAUCACAGCGUCAAGCCCAGAAACUUCCCUGAGUCUGUGGAUAAAGUGACCGCCACCAAGGCGGAGAAAAGUAUUCCGACUCUGGAAUCGUUGGUAACGGAUGAGAAGCGCCCAGCUUUCAUUGAGAAGCAAGGUCAAUUUGAAUCUCAGAUUGGUCAGAGAAAGCAGCAGGAGGUGAAGAGUAUGCCCUUCCCCAACCAAGACACUGAGUGUAAACCUCCAAAAAUAACAGAGGAAUUUCAGGCUGCCCGUUUGUUCCUGUCUCAUUAUGGGUUUCUGUCACUAGAGGCUCUCAAGGAGCAGAGCAACACCAGUCGUCCACCCUCCCUGGUUACCUUGGAUACCACUAAUCCAGGUCUGACCAAUGACCUGGAGAUGCUGGAUACAAUUACAGCCCGUGACAACGACACAGUUCAUGUGUUCUAUGUCAAGUCUGGCCAGCGAUUGGCUCAGGACAUUCUACGCAAUGUGGGGUCUCAGCGUGGCAUACAGGGCCAGUUCCUGGAGUUCCUCCACUCCCUGGGCUGGCCGGUGGACGUACAGAAACAUGCCGGCUGGACCGGUCACAUCAGCACCAGCUGGAAAAUCUCACAGCCUGAGGAUAUCCAAGAGAACGCCCCGCGUGUGGGGACGGGAGGCAGUAUCUAUGACGGUCAGCAACAGGUGCUGUACUGGGCGGAUGUGUCCUCAGAGGUCGCCUUUAUUGUCCCCUCCCUGGACAACUUCCACAGGCUGCAGAACGACGGGGACAAGUCUCCACAACUCUCUGUCAGCACCCCCAGUGAGGGACCAGGGGGGACCAAGCCUACCACGCUCUCCCUGGAGAGACCCCUCACUGAGCCUCGCAAUAAAACCAUGGAGAGUCCGAGUUCUCCCCACGACGCCCCCGCCUUCCGUACUCGACGAUUCGGUCGACCGUCCACUGUGACCAUUGGACCAGACACAAAAAUUUUUGUUGUGUGGCUGGAAAACUUUGAGGACCAUGAAAAUUUUCCCACAGGUGACCUACUUCCGAUGACCAGCACGGGUCUGGAGCAGUACACUGCGACCAGCAGCUCGUCCAUGAGACAAGACAAGGACAUCUUCCUGAUCUACAUCCACGCCCUACAGAACGGACUGUUCCGGAUCCACAUGGAGGGAAACACUGGGAAGAUCUCCAUGGCGAUUCCUCUUGUUGAUGGAAUGGUGGUCAGCAGACGUACGCUAGGCUCCAUGGUCCGGCAGACGGCGAUAAAUAUCGGACGUCGGAAAAGACUAGAGAGCGACUCGUAUCAACCUCCUCAUGUUAGGAGAAAAAUAAAAAUUCAGGAAAUUGUGGACAAGUAUCAUCUGAAGAUGACGGAAUCCGAGUUCUACACAGCUUUAUUCCAAGAUGUUCACAAGUGAUUGCUCCUAGGAACAAAUCGUGCGCUGAGGCCAAGGACGAAUCAAAUCUGAUGAUGUGGUUUUCUACUGAGAUAGAGCAAAGUUUCAUGUUUAUUCUCUCUGAAGAUUUAUGAAAACCAUCAGAUAGGAACUUGGACAAGAUAAUCAUGAAAUGAAUAUUUUAAGAAAAUUUGAUGUCUUCAAGACGUACUAUAGAUUUCGAAAUAAAUAUGAGGAGUUAAUAUUCAGGUAAAAUUGUGAGAGGAACAUCAAGACAUACCUGAAAGGGUUAAUAAACAGCUGUUUUACACUCCUCUUAUGCCUUGUAACAAUGAGAGCUGUAUUGUAAGAAAACACUGAUUUUGGCCAAUUGCAACAUUUCUCUGUUAGUGGCCAGCUUCUGUUUAGUGGUGCUAAUGUUGAUGAAGGUGAUAUGUGAACAAACGUUAUUGCAUUAUAUAUUUGGGGUAUAUGAAGUUGGAUCAUAUUUUGUUUAUUUUUAUACAGCUAGGGUUUCUCCCCUUUGUUUAUUUGAACUUCUAUCGUGCUGUUAACCAAGUGAGCCAGAUUUUCAAGCAGCAGCUGCUGAUAGGUAUUAUUGUUUCAGACCUGUGUUGGUUUCUGUAUAAAAUGAAUGAAAUCACUACUUGCUAGCGGACAUUUAUUCAUUUCUUAACCGCCCAUUAACUGAUAAGAUAUUUAAUGCAAGUAUAAUACAUGGUUAACAGUACCCAUUUUGGUUUUUGUGACUUUAUGAACUUAGUUAUACAAUCAGUGAUGUACACAUACUUCAUAUAGUAAAUGCUAAUCAUUUUUCUUGUGCGUCAUUUUAAUCAUUCAACCACAUGGUUGCUAACAUAGAGUUUGUUAGAUAUUUGAAUAAGUGACGUAUGGUGAGAUCCUACAGGCUUUUUCAUUGGACGCUGUAUAUGACAUGAUCCUACAGGCUUUUUCAUUGGACGCUGUAUAUGACAAGAUCCUACAGGCUUUUUCAUUGGACGCUGUAUAUGACAAGAUCCUACGGGCUUUUUCAUUGGACGCUGUAUAUGACAAGAUCCUACAGGCUUUUUCAUUGGACGCUGUAUAUGACAAGAUCCUACAGGCUUUUUCAUUGGACGCUGUAUAUGACAAGAUCCUACAGGCUUUUUCAUUGCACACUGUAUAUGACAAGAUCCUACAGGCUUUUUCAAUGGACGCUGUAUUGUACUGAAUUCUAGUCACCCUCACUGAAGAGAAGAAACAAUCUGUGAUUCUUAAAAGAUCAUCCUCUAUGGUGGAAUUAAAAGCACUGCGGAUCUGAUCAAAGUAAAAAAAAAAUUCCUGUGUAGUAGGACCAGAUAUCAGGACAUCAUGUGUAGUAGGAUCAGAUAUCAGGAUAUCAUGUGUAGUAGGAUCAGAUAUUAUGUGUCUAGGAUCAGAUAUCAGGAUUUGACCUCUCAUUUGUGUGCAAUAUUAAUUAUCUUUGUUCUGUGUUGUUAAAUAAAUGCUAUUAAUUAUGUAUACUUUA